AUCCAUUUUCGAUAAGCCCUUUUUGUGUUAAGAGAAAGUUAGAAGCUCUUGUUGAAUCCAUUGAGGUUUAUGUCAUACUUUUUCAGUUGUGGUACUCAAUUCUUGGUUCAAUUCAACUCUUAUUUCUCAUGAAGAUAGAGGGGAUCUAUUAUAUUUAUCAAUCGUGCGAGCAACCUGAAGGCUAUGAAUAAGGUGAUGUGUGUCAAUAAGCCAUGUUCAUCUUGUUACUAUGCCUCUUUGGUUUGAUAAUCUUAUAUAUUAUUAGUCUCCAUAUAUGUGCUUGUAAAAUUACCACAUGAUUGUCUGUCUCAAAUGAUUUCUUUCAUGGAAGCACCUCAUCUCAACCAUAUAGCUAGAUAUGCCUACUCUUAUCCAUGUUUCACAUGAGUAUAUGUGGUGUGUAUGUACUAAUAUCAAUAGUUGUUGUCAUAUCCUUGGUACGGUGGAUCCAUGAUAUUUGCUCUACGAUGGAAGUUUUGCAAGGAAAGGGCAGCUCAUCUCAUAAAUUCAACAAAAAGAAGUAUUAUGGUAAUGAAGAUGGAGCUUGAGGACGAUGGUGCCAUGGGAGGGAGAGGAACUGGUGGUAUGUGGACAGAGGAGGACCGAGCUCUUGGCGCUGCGGUGCUUGGAGCAGAUGCCUUUGCAUAUUUAACGAAAGGAGGUGGUGCCAUAUCCGAGGGCCUUGUCGCUGCGUCUUUGCCGGAUGACUUGCAGAACAAACUCCAGGAGCUUGUCGAAUCCGAGAGCCCUGGCACUGGUUGGAACUAUGCCAUCUUCUGGCAGCUCUCGCGCACAAAGUCUGGUGAUCUCGUCCUUGGAUGGGGGGAUGGCAGCUGCCGUGAGCCCCGAGAUGGAGAGGUGGGAGCUGCUGCUUCUGCAGGCAGCGAUGAUACCAAGCAGAGGAUGCGCAAACGUGUGCUGCAGCGGUUGCACAUUGCAUUUGGGGUUGCUGAUGAGGAGGAUUAUGCCCCUGGUAUUGAUCAGGUCACAGAUACAGAGAUGUUCUUUCUGGCAUCUAUGUACUUUGCUUUUCCCCGUCGCACUGGUGGCCCUGGCCAAGCAUUUGCAGCAGGCAUCCCCCUCUGGGUUCCCAAUAGUGAGCGCAAGGUAUUCCCGGCCAACUACUGUUACCGGGGGUUCCUUGCAAAUGCGGCAGGAUUUAGGACUAUCGUUUUGGUGCCAUUUGAGAGCGGUGUGCUUGAACUGGGCUCAAUGCAGCACAUAGCUGAGAGUUCUGAUACUAUCCAGUCCAUACGCUCUGUAUUUGCAGGGACAAGUGGUAAUAAGACUGCAGUACAGAGACACGAGGGAAAUGGUCCUGCUCCUCCUGAAAGGUCGCCCAGUUUGGCGAAGAUUUUUGGGAAGGAUUUGAACCUUGGCCGGCCUUCAGUUGGGCCGGCGGUUGGUGUAUCUAAGGUAGAUGAAAGGACAUGGGAGCAGAGGAGUGCUGCUGGUGGGACCUCAUUGCUACCGAAUGUACAGAAAGGAUUGCAGAAUUUCACCUGGAGUCAGGCUCGUGGGUUGAAUUCUCAUCAGCAGAAGUUUGGCAAUGGCGUGUUGAUUGUGAGCAACGAGGCUGCACACCGCAACAACGGAGCAGUGGACAGCCCUAGCGCAGCACAGUUUCAGCUUCAAAAGGCGCCUCAGCUUCAGAAACUGCAGCUUCAGAAAUUGCCGGUUGUUCAGAAAACACCGCAGCUAGUGAACCAGCAGCCGAUGCAGCCACAGGUACCUAGGCAAAUUGACUUUAGCGCGGGGAGCAGUUCCAAGCCUGGUGUGUUGGUUACAAGGGCAGCAGCAGUCCUGGAUGGGGAGAGUGCAGAGGUGGAUGGCUUGUGCAAAGAGGAAGGGCCACCACCUGUUAUAGAGGACCGACGGCCAAGGAAGAGGGGAAGAAAACCUGCAAACGGGAGGGAAGAACCACUUAAUCAUGUCGAGGCUGAGCGCCAGAGGAGGGAGAAGCUCAACCAGCGGUUCUAUGCACUUAGAGCUGUUGUGCCGAACAUAUCGAAAAUGGACAAGGCGUCCCUACUGGGCGAUGCGAUAACGUACAUCACUGACCUCCAGAAGAAGCUCAAAGAGAUGGAGUCAGAGAGAGAAAGGCUCUUGGAGUCCGGUAUGGUGGACCCAAGGGAGCGGGCGCCUAGGCCGGAGGUGGACAUCCAGGUGGUGCAGGACGAGGUUCUUGUUCGAGUGAUGUCUCCAAUGGAUAACCAUCCAGUCAGGAAGGUAUUCCAAGCCUUUGAAGAGGCAGAAGUCCGCGUAGGCGAGUCAAAGGUGACGGGCAACAACAACGGGACAGUGGUGCAUUCUUUCAUCAUCAAGUGUCCUGGCGCUGAGCAGCAAACGAGGGAGAAGGUGAUAGCGGCAAUGUCUCGCGCGAUGAGCAGUUGAGCAGAGCAGCGUAGGAUCAGACUGGCACAGUAGAGAGGCGGCGGUUUAUCCUUCCUGUUGGUUGCGAACAAGAAGCAGCAGCAGCAGCAGCCCUUGACAUGGUGGAUUGUCGAUAGGAGAGUUGUAGGUGGAGAGAAACAAGAUGAGAUUCUUCUGACUUUAGCAACGCAACAACAAAAUGGGGGCUCCAGUUAAGCAGCAGCCAUUGUAUGGUAGGUUUCUUUUGGUUGGUCCGACCGUGUAGUUUUGAUGUUUUUGUUUGGGAAGGAAGGAUGGAUGGAUACCGUGUUCCUAGUGUAAGCGUGAUGACGCAGCAGAACAAUAAACAGCAGUACAUGUUUUUUUCUUCUUCUUCUUCCUUUUUUUGUUCAUGCGUGAUUUGGAAAUUAAAUUUAUUGCAAAUUUUGUUUUACUUUUCUUUUUA